CGCCGCAAGAGCAACGUGCCCGGCUGGACGGUGCCGCCGCGGGUCCUGCUCGUCGAGGACGACGCCGUGUGCCGCAAGCUGUCGAGCAAGUUCCUCGAGGUGUUUGGGUGCCAGAUCGACGUCGCCGUCGACGGCGUGAGCGCCGUCAACAAGAUGAACACGCAGAAGUACGACCUCGUCCUCAUGGACAUCGUCAUGCCCAACCUCGACGGCAUCUCUGCGACGUCGCUCAUCCGCCAGUUCGACCCGAUGACGCCCAUCAUCUCGAUGACGAGCAACUCGGGCCCGAACGACAUCAUGACUUAUUUCUCG